UUUAAAUGUGCAUUAUGGGAUAGCCUCACUGUGUUUUAAUGGAGCGAUUUAAAAUGUCGUUGAUUCACACAUCAAAGAAAAUCAUUGCCGUCGGCUUGCUCUUGACCAGUUUAACCUUUGUGAUAAUGUUUGAAUACAUUGACCGGGUUCAUGUAAUACGUUUACACGUACAUAUGCCGCCUAGCCGACCAUUUCGACCCGUCGACAACAUUUUGGCAGUCAUAAGAACCUUAACAGUAACACCGGAACACCUAAGGACCAUAUCAUCAAAUCCGGACCUGAUCGACAAAAUCAACGCAUCAUCGGGUGUCCAUUAUCCAGUGACUUUUAAAAGACCCUAUCUGAUUGAAAAUACAAAAUUAUGUUCAUUUGUGCCUAAUUUGGCUGUGUUAAUCAUUGUUCAUACCGCUCCAAACCAUUUUGAAUUAAGAAAUGCAAUGAGAAGAACUUGGGCUAAUGAUACGCAUUAUGAAUCUCUAGGAAAGGUAAGAAAAUUGUUCCUUCUUGGUACAGUCAAUAACCAAACGCUUCAGACAGAAUUGGAAAAGGAAUUUAAAGAAAACCAAGACCUCUUACAAGGAGAUAUCGUCGAUGCUGACAGUAAUCUUACACAUAAAGGUGUUAUGGGGUACAUUUGGGUUUCUGAGCGGUGCCAGAAUGCUAAAUACAUCCUGAAAGUUGACGAUGAUAUCGUUGUUGAUAUGUACAGACUAUUUACUAAAGUUAUACCAAACUUUAAAAACAAAACAAAACAAAUCCUUUGCAGUUAUAUAACACCAGGAACUAUGCUUAUUACUCGGAAAAAGAAAAACAAGUGGUAUGUAAAUGAAAACCAUUUUCAGGGACAACAAUUUUAUCCUGAAUAUUGCAGCGGAUUACUGGUCCUCUUUACUAAUGACGUCAUACCAGCAAUAUUUAAAUCUGCAUCGGUGUCGCCAUUUUUCUGGGUGGAUGACGUAAAUUUGUACGGCCUUGUGUCAAACCAUCUUCUAAGAAAUAAUAUCAACGGCUUAGUGGAAAAGGACCACCUGCUGGACGGACAGAAGGCCUUAAAGUGUUAUAGAAACGAAACAAUGAAUCGGCAGCAUAAAUGUAAUUAUCUUGUUACCGGGUCCCGAAAAAUACAAGUUUUAGUAGACAUAUGGUCGGAAAUGACUAAACAGUACGAAAAUGAAAAAGUAGAAAAAAUUGAAGAAGCCGUGACAUCGACAAUUACUUCCAAAACGAUGAUUCGGCCAGCCGGAGACUUGGCAGCCAUAGGGACUUUUACAGUAGACACUAAAGACCUAAGGGCUAUAUCACCAAAUCCGGACCUGAUCGCCAAAAUUAACGCCUCAUCGGAUGUCAAAUAUCCAGUGACAUUUAAAGGAUCAUAUCUGAUUGAGAAUCCAGAAUUAUGUUCAUCUGUGCCUAAUUUGGCUGUGUUAAUCAUUGUUCAUACCGCUCCAAACCAUUUUGAAUUAAGAAAUGCAAUGAGAAGAACUUGGGCUAAUGAUAGGCAUUAUGAAUCUCUAGGAAAAGUUAGAAAAUUGUUCCUUCUUGGUACAGUCAAUAACCAAACGGUUCAGACAGAGUUGAAAAAGGAAUUUAACGAACACAAAGACCUCUUACAAGGAGAUUUUGUCGAUGCUUACAGGAAUCUUACUCAUAAAGGUGUGAUGGGGUACCGUUGGGUUUCCGAGCGGUGCCGGAACGCUAAAUUCAUCCUUAAAGUUGACGAUGAUAUCGUUGUUAAUAUGUACAGAUUAUUUACUAAAGUUAUACCAAAAAUUAGAAACAAAACAAAACAAAUUCUCUGCCAUUAUAUACUUCCAGGAACAAUGCGUAUUUUACGGGAAAAGAAGAGCAAGUGGUAUGUAAAUGAAAACCAUUUUAAGGGACAGAAAUUUUAUCCUGAAUAUUGCAGCGGGUUUCUGGUCCUCUUCUCUAAUGACGCCAUACCGGCAAUGUUCAAAGCCGCAUCGGUAACACCAUUUUUCUGGGUAGAUGACGUGUAUCUGUACGGCCUUGUUCCAAGCCAUGUACCAGGUAUUACAUACACUAGUUUAGAACAAGAGGCCCACAUGCUAAACGGCGAUAAAGCCUUAAAGUGUUAUAGAAACGAAACAAUGAAUCGCCUGCACAAAUGUAAUUAUCUAGUAACUGGUUCCCGAACAAUGCAAGUUUCAGUGGAUAUAUGGUCGGAAAUGACUAAACAGUACGAAAAGGUAAAAGAAAAUGAAAAAGCUGUGAGUUCGACAAUCAAUCAUGAAACGAUAAUUCGCCCAGCCGACAAACUUUUGGCAGUCAAAAGGAACCGUACAGUAGCCCCCGAAGACCUGAGAGCCAUAUCACCAAAUCCGGACCUGAUCGCCAAAAUCAACGCCUCAUCGGAUGUCCAAUAUCCAGUGACUUUAAAAGGAUUUUAUCUGAUUGAAAAUCCAGAAUUAUGUUCAUCUGUGCCCGAUUUGACCGUCUUAAUCAUUGUUCAUACCGCUCCAAUCCAUUUUGAAAGGCGCAAUGUAAUGAGAAAAACUUGGACUAAUGAUACGCAUUAUAAAUCCUUAGGAAAUGUAAGAACAUUAUUCCUUCUCGGUACCGUAAAUGACAAAACGGUUCAGACAGAAUUGGAAAAGGAAUUCAAAAAACACCAAGACAUCUUACAAGGAGAUUUCGUCGAUGCUUUCAAGAAUCUUACACAUAAAGGUGUGAUGGGGUACCGUUGGGUUUCCGAGUGGUGCCGGAACGCUAAAUACAUCCUGAAAGUUGACGAUAAUAUCGUUGUUCAUAUGUUCAGAUUAUUUACUAAAGUUAUACCAAAAUAUACAAACAAAACGAAACAAAUCCUAUGCAAUCAUAUUUUUCCAGGAACUAUGCUCAUCAUUCGGGAAAAGAAAAGCCAGUGGUAUGUAAAUGAAAACCAUUUUAAGGGACAGAAAUUUUAUCCUGAAUAUUGCAGCGGGUUUCUGGUCCUCUUUUCUAAUGACGUUAUUCCAGCAAUAUUCAAAGCCGCAUCGGUGACGCCCUUUUUCUGGGUGGAUAACGUGUAUUUGUACGGCCUUGCGCCAAGCCAUGUACCAGGAAUUACAUACAAUGGUUUAGAUAAAAAAGACCACAUGCUUGACGGCGACAAGGCCCUGAAGUGCUAUAGAAACAAAACAUUGAAUAACCAGCAUAAUUGUAAUUUUCUUGUUACUGGUUCCCGAACAGUACAAGUGUCAGUCGAAAUAUGGUCGGAAAUGACUAAACAGUACAAACAAGAGAAAGUAGAACAUUUUGAAGUAGCUUUGCCUUCGACAAUCAAAUACAAAACGACGAAGGAUUCGGAAUGACGGUUCGUACUUGUGUUAUGUGGAAUGUUUACUCUUGAGUCUCUAAUUCAGUGACGUUUUGGUCCCUUGCAUUGUGUCUCUAAACAGGGCUUAUAUUUGAAUUUUUGACUUCUUGCCUUGUUCUUUUAGUUUUCAUUGCAUCGUAACGUAAGUCAUGAACACAUUCAGAACAUAACUCUUUGAUAUGAUUUCGUUGGAUAACCGUUUUAUACCAUGAUGUAAAAUGGAAAAGGUGUUAAAAUGUUCGUAUGUUUUAGAUUUUAGGAGAUUAAGACUGGUGAAACUAUUUUUAUGAGAGCACCCAAUGCUUUACUUUAAUGAAAGAUGCAUACUUACCCAAUUUGAAGGAAAAAAUAAAAGAAAAUAUAAAUAAACAUGCAUGCAGCCUAAUGUAAUUGCUCGAUUUGUCGGUUGCUUUUACUUUUGUACAAAAACUUAAAAUCUCAAAACUGUAGUAACAAACACCUUUUUUUACAAUUGCCCAGUUAUUUUAUAUAUUUAUCUGAGAUAUUUGUAUUUUCAGAAUUGUUCCAUACUUAUCUCAGACUGUUUUUUGAACCCAGUUACUGAAGGGAUGGACUUUUGUUUCAAAGGGAAAUACUUUUCUAAGAAGGGAAUAUCAAAUUUAAAGAAUUUUUUCGCAACCCUUACAGUGCAAACAUACCAUUUUUGAAUAAACAUGAGUUAACAUAACCUUGCUAACUUAAAAUAUUUAGUGUCUUUUUUAAAAGACUAGCAUUCACUUAUCGAUCAUUUUAGGUAGAGGGAAUAUGAAUAAAUGUCCAUCAAUUUAAUAUCAUAUUUGACAUUAAUUGAGCAUGCUCAAUAUAUAUACCCAUCUGUUUCUUAUGUCAGUGUUUUUUCCUAAAUUAAUUUGGUUAAAGCUCUGUAUAAUUAUGUAGACACUUUUUGUUUUAGCCUUUCUAAUUCAAUAUUAACUGUAUUGUUUGUCUGGCUGUGGUAAUGGUAUUCAAGAUAGCUUACAUAACACCGAUUAACACAUUUUUGAUAUGCAUAAAUAUAAACUUUUAUCUCUCAUUUAUAUACUGAGGCCCUACAAUAAAUCUAACAAUAUAGCACAUGGCGUUAUGUUACCUUUUUGGGGGAGAAAACAUUUCUGUAUUGAAAAAGUCAGGAGUCAGAAAUUACCAAAUAGCAAUUAACCCCAAAACAGUUAUUUACUU